AUGCCUCUUACCACACACUUUACCCUCAACACCGGUGCAAAGAUUCCCGCUGUGGGAUUCGGCACCUGGCAAGCCGGGCCGCACGAGGUUGAGCGUGCUGUCGAGACUGCCCUGCGUGCCGGUUACCGUCACAUUGACUGCGCCGCCAUCUACCGCAACGAGGCAGAGGUCGGCGAGGGCAUCCGCAAGAGCGGCGUUCCUCGCUCAGAGAUCUUUGUCACUGGAAAGCUGUGGAACACCAAGCACAAGGCCGAAGAUGUUGAGUCUGGUGUCGACAAGACAUUGAAGGACUUGGGCACGGAUUACCUCGACUUGUUCCUGAUGCACUGGCCCGUUGCUUUCAAGCCUUCGGACAAGUGGUUCCCCAUCGACUCCAACGGAGUCUUUGAGCUGGCCGACAUCGACCCCGCGGAAACGUGGGCGGCGAUGGAGAAGCUGGUUGAAAAGGGUAAGGUCCGCGCCAUUGGCGUCUCCAACUUCACCAAGCAGCGUAUCGAGGAUCUCCUCACCAAGACCAAGACGGUUCCUGCCGUCAACCAGAUUGAGGCACACCCCUACCUGCAGCAGCCCGAUCUGCUCAGCUACUGCAAGUCCGAGGGCAUACAAUUGGCUGCCUACUCUCCUCUGGGUAACAACCAGACCGGCGAGCCGAGAACGGUGGAUGACCCCCUGGUCGGCGAGCUGAGCAAGAAGCUGGGCAUCGACGGCGGCCAGCUUCUGGCCUCCUGGGGUGUGCAGCGUGGCACCGUUGUUCUGCCCAAGAGCGUCACUCCCAGCCGGAUAGAGUCCAACUUCAAGGUCCAGGAGCUGCCCGAGGAUGUCUUCGCGCAGCUGAACGGCCUGGAGAGGAACAAGAGGUUCAACUGGCAAACGAGAUGGGGCUUUGACAUUUUCCAGGAGCUAGGCGAGGAGGAAGUCAAGCGUGUGGCGCAGGAGACAGGGCCGGAAAACCUGACAAAGUUCACCGUCUAA